CCAGACACACACGGGUGAACACGACCAGUGAGUUCAGCUAGCCAACAUGACCACGCCAAUCAUCAACAUGACCACGCCCCCUCUGGCCAACAAAACCAUGGUGGAAGGGGCGUUGUUCACCUGGCAUGGGACGGAACUCAUUUUGCUUCCUCUGAUCAUGCUGAUGGGCACCCUGGGCAACCUUCUCGUUUUCUACAUCUAUCACUUCCGUUGGCACAGCAACACGGUGACGCUGUUUAAAAGGGUGAGUACAUCUAUCACUUUCGUUGGGACAGAAACACGGCCACAGUGUUUAAAAGGGUGAGUACAUCUAUCACUUCCUUUGGGACUGAAACACGGCUACAGUGUUUAAAAGGGUGAGUACAUCUAUCACUUUCGUUGGGACAGAAACACGGCCACAGUGUUUAAAAGGGUGAGUACAUCUAUCACUUCCUUUGGGACUGAAACACGGCUACAGUGUUUAAAAGGGUGAGUACAUCUAUCACUUUCGUUGGGACAGAAACACGGCCACAGUGUUUAAAAGGGUGAGUACAUCUAUCACUUCCGUUUGGGACUGAAACACGGCUACAGUGUUUAAAAGGGUGAGUACAUCUAUCACUUCUGAUGGCACAGCAAGACGGCUACAAUGUUUAAAAGGGUGAGUACAUCUAUCACUUCCAUUGGCACAGCAACACGGCUACAGUGUUUAAAAUGGUGAGUGCCUCUAUUGAACAUAUAACUAAUAAAAGAACGAUUUAAAGUCUUUAGCUGCAGCACUAGAUAGCGGAAAUACAUACGGAACAAUACAAAUUGUACGUUCAGAGUGUUGCACAAAAGAAAGUGAAGAUAAACACACACAAAAAUGAAGAAAAAGUUUUGAAAAUACAAAAAUCAUACAGACAUCCAUAAAAACCAAUCCCUAUUAAACAAAGUUUUUUCGUAUAAAUCCUUCGUAUGAAUUUGACUAGCAUUUAUGUAUUUGUAUGUGAUUUAUCAUUUAUUAAGAAGCGGUUACGUCAAUGGGUCAACUAAUGGUGAAGACCCUUUUUAUAUCUCUUUCAUUUUCCCCUUCAAAAACACAAUUAAUUUUGUUGCAAUGGCUUUUACUUGUAAUGGGUGUUAAACUAUAUUAUGAUAAUAAGGGGGAGAGACUGCAACUAGGUAAACAAAAAAAAAAAAAGAAAAUGAAUGAAACAAAGUAUAGUAAAACUUAAAAGGAACGCAACAAAACAGCGAACGUGUCAGCAGGAAGCCUUCAACGACGAAAAAACAACAAUAAAAACAAGAAUUAAAUAAGAGCCAGAAUGAUCAAUAUAUUGAUCUUAGGCCCUCAAAAUACAGAAGAGGAAAAAAAUAAUAGCACUUAGCUGAAAAGUCGUAUCCGAGGGGAGGCAAAAGAAUCCACAAUUCUUUUAUUCAUUCCGAAACAUAAGAUUGACGAACUCUGACUUAAAUUCCAGGCCAUUAAUUAUGAAAUUUGUAAUAUCAUAAUGUAAUUAUAUAUCUGUAUAUUAAAUGUACUCACUUACGGGCACAUUGCCGUCACCAUGCAGAUGCUUGCCGUCCUUGAUCUUGCCAACCUGCUGCUGGCCUUGCCGUCACUGAUGACCAUCACGCUGAACGCCAAGAGCAGCAGUUUCAUGGUCCAUUGCAUCUUAACUUCGUUUGUUGCCCUCAGCUCGGCCAUUGCUUCCGCCUGCGUGCUGGUCAUCAUAGCAGCGGACAGGUCAGUUGUGUUCCAUCUGAAUUAUUAUAUCGAUGAAAAAAAUUAUUGUUUCAAACAGGAAUUUAAAAAAAAACAUUUGAAGUACUUGGACUUGUUGGUUUCAAAGUAAACAAAUGACAGCGCUCUGAUCAGGCUCUGAAAAAAAUGAUUUAUUUCUUUUAAGUCAACGCUACAAAUGGUAUUGAGAUUCAUGAUUAAUCUUUCAUUAUGACUUUCCAAAAUUUCUGUAUAAUCGUUACAAAUUUGUUUGUAGAAAAGUUUGUUUUGCCUACUAAGAAAAUUUUAAUCUGAAUGUGAUAAAAAAGGACUUUGUCUAUGUUUUAUCAUGAAUAUCGAAAUUUUUGUGUCGUAUAUUGCUUGUGUUUCUUCUAUGGCUUUAUACAUGUCAUAGAGUACAUUGAACUUAAUGUACAUAACGUCUACCUGCAGGUUCAUGAAGUUGUGCCUCCUGAGGAAAAAAGGAGUCGGGAUCCUUCUGGCCAAGAAGCUCUUCGCCACCAGCGUGAUCGUGUCGUGCAUCUUGAACAUCCCCAGCGUUUGGAUCUUCGGGAAAGACAACGUGGAGUUCUUCAACUACAACGUGGGGGUGACCUACUGCUUCAUCCAGACGGAGAGCAAGCAGGGUGCUCUCUUCAUCGCCUACGUCACCAUGCUGGGACUCGUGUUCAUCACUGUGAGCAACGUCCUGGUCGUCCUCUACUACAAAAUCAUCAGGACGCUGAUUGCACUCUCCAACAAGCACGAGGAGCUCAAACGUCGGCCGUCUCUGGCAGGGGGCCUGGAGGUCAUCAAGAAGCAGAAGCAGAGCGAGGUCAUGCGAAAAUCGGCGAUCGUUUUCAUCGUCAUCACGGUGGUGUUUUUCGCGAGUUACGCCCCUUACUUUGUCACUAUGAUCAUUUCCAUGACGGACCACUCGGUAGAGGGCAGUAUGGGCCCCGCCCUCAAAGCCCUUUACGACUUGGCCAAGUUGAGUCCGCUGGCCAACAACGUGGCCAACCCGUUUAUUUACAGCUUCACUUCAGAUCAUUUCCGGAAGGAGGUCAAGGACAUUUUCACCUUCAAAACGUGCAAAAAGGACUUUUUCAGACGCCGUGCCUUCUCUCUCUCCAGGAGCGAUAGGUCACGUGAGCUGUCUACGAUCUCUGAUUCACGAGAAGAUUCUUAAUGGCACCGGUACUGUGACACUAAGGAGCUAUACAGAUAGGGCUCUCUUACAGCUCCCGUUUCGUGAUAGCUUCAUUACAACUGAGUGUUUGGAAUCGAUCAACACAGUAAACCGAUUCAGACAUUUAUCGUGUCCUGUGUCUUUCAAAUGUGUUCUGGGAGGACACGUUUCCAUGAGUCGAACCCUACUAUUUGUAGCAUUUGAUAGGAGGACACGUUUCCAUGAGUCGAACCCUACUAUUUGUAGCAUUUGAUAGGAGGACGCGUUUCCAUGAGUCGAACCCUACUAUUUGUAGCAUUUGAUAGGAGGACACGUUUGCAUGAGUCGAACCCUACUAUUUGUAGCAUUUGAUACAUAGUUUUUUUGGGAUCCUCAUCUUUAUGCGUGGAUUUUAGAACACAAAACAAGACAAUCAUACGUUACCAGUUGUUAAAAGAAAGUUAAAGAGCAAAUUUAUUUUUAUGGAGUUUUGAAUGAAUCUAUAGUAGCGUCUUCAAGUAGAUGCAGUGCUGGGCAUGUGUGUUCUGAAAAAUAAUGGUAUUGCCUUGGGUUAAUGGCCAGGGAGACAAGGAGGUCCUAGCUUCC